GGCGCCCAGGCCUGCGGGCCGCAUGGCUGGGGCUCCGGGCGGUGGCGGGCCAGGCCCAGCGGCGGGGGAGCCGCUGCUGCAGCGACGCGACUCAGGCCAGGGCUCGCCCCAGCCGCCGGCCCACGGGAAGCCCCAGGAGGCCUUCCUCUCCGGCUUCUUCACCCAGGACCAGAGCUGCCCGCUCAUGCUCCAGAAGACGCUAGAGACGAACCCGUACGUCAAAGUUCUCCUUGAUGCUAUGAAACACUCAGGUUGCCCUGUUAACAAAGGGAGACACUUCUCCUGCGAAGACUGUGACGGGAACGUCAGCGGAGGGUUUGAUGCCUCAGCGUCUCAGAUUGUUUUGUGUCAGAAUAAUAUCCGAAAUCAGGCUCACAUGAGCAGAGUUGUUACCCACGAGCUCAUUCACGCCUUCGAUCAUUGUCGGGCUCACGUCCACUGGUUUUCCGAUGUCAGACAUUUGGCAUGCUCAGAGAUUCGAGCUGCAAGCCUCAGCGGAGACUGCUCACUCCUGAAUGAAAUCUUCAGGUUACGUUUUGGAUUAAGACGACACCACCAGAUUUGUGUGCGGGACAGAGCUGCUCUUUCAAUUGUGGCUGUGCGGAACAUCAGUAGAGAAGAGGCCCAGAAGGCUGUGGAUGACGUUUUUGAGUCCUGUUUCAACGACCGUGAGCCUUUUGGCAGGAUCCCCCAUACUAAGAUGUAUGCCAGAUACGCUCACAGGGACUUUCAGAACCGUGAUCGCUAUUACUCGAACAUAUGAAGAUGGUGGCCGUCUGUAUCCCUGAACCUCAGGACCAUGAGGGAGAUGUCCCUAGACACAGAGUCUACAGUCGUAUGGAAUAAAGUGCAUAAGGAGCUGGCUUUAGCAUUUGACUAUAAAAAUAAAUAUGGCAAAAAAGGAACUCCUUAAACUGCAAGGCAAAAUUGGAUCUUUAUAGUUAAUCAUUUAGUAAAUAAGGGAAAUAAACGACAUUUUUAUAUUUUCCACAGUA